AUGACAUUUCUCAUAACGUACGCAAAGGGUUUUGGAAAUUAUGGAAUAAUUAUAUGUGGAGGAGGUCUUGGACUACCACUCUGUAUCCUCGGACAAAUUAUUCAGGUUAAAGCUGACAAUUUAUCUGAGACACUUUAUCAAACCAAUUGGCACGAGCUAAGUUUGAAAGAUCAGAAAACUUUCUUAAUCGUUCUCGGGAUGGCUCAACGAGAAUACGGACUAAAGGCAGCCGGAGUAUACGAUAUUAACCUCUAUACCUUUGUACAGGAAGAAGAAGAGGAUGAAGAACUUGAGGAGAUUUUGAUGAAACAUCUGAAGAAAUCAAUGAAAAUUUUCAAUAUUGGUCUUGGAAAUUAUUUAAUGAUUAUAUGUGGUGGAGGUCUCGCAUUACCCCUUUGCGUUCUUGGAGAAUUUAUUCGGGUUAAAACGGAUAAAUUAUCUGAUACAUUCUACUUGACCAAUUGGUACGAUCUGAGCUUGAAGGAUCAGAAAACUUUCUUAAUCGUCCUCGGGAUGGUCCAACGGGAGUAUGGACUAAAGGCAGCAGGAAUGUAUGACGUUAACCUUUAUACUUUCGUACAGAUCUUCAAAAUUGCCUUCUCCUACUGCGCUGUUCUCUAUAGCUUGAGUCAAUAA